UGGAGAGAAUAACCUCGAUGCGGUUUCGAAAUGCUCGAUAACAAACGACGAUCUUGCUGGACCUUGUCGACAUUGAGAAUCGAUAUGCGCCUUACCAAAUACUCCGGAUUGUCGAGACAACGGCUUAAAGGUUUGUUUUCGGGAAUGCUCCUGCUGAGAAAGCCAGAUUGACGCGUUGAUUCGAACCCUGCCGGAUUUGUAUCUGAGCUCUGAGCUGUCGCCGUGAUUGCGCGAUCUGGAUUUGACACUGUGUUCGCUUCCACUAGCCGCCUCGUUCUGCUAAAACGGUUGUUGCGUGUCUCAACCGGGCCCCAUACGGACGAUCGACCUGAGAUGAAGCAUCCCUCCCGCCUCCUCCUUUUUGGGACCCUGCUGUCGACACAUCUUGAGCAUGUACGCUAUCUCCGGAUUGCGAUAUGCCACCAAAGUCUCUCGUUGCUCCAUUGUGAAGAGUUUGGUCUCCGCAAUAUGUGGCCCGUUAUCCGAUCUUCGUCGUACGGCGCGUUUCGGGUUCUUAGAUGCGCCGGAAGACGAAUGAAGCCCGCCCAGGAAUACGCUGCCGCAGCUUUUGUCAUUUCCUCCUCCAAUGGCGGCGGGUUCUUCUUGUCAUUCGAAUUGCUGCUCGAUCCAUUCCGUUCGGGGCGGGUGGGGUACCAUAACAAUUCCUAUCAGCGCAUACGCUUCGUCUCCUUGGUUACUCCAAAUGGUUGCCAACGGUUCCGUACAAAUCCCGGAGCUUUGCUCAGGCGGGUUUUCUCGGUACUGUUGUGCAUUGAAAUGCGCUUGCUGACCUUCAUCUGUCCCAACCAGCGGUCAUCGAUAUCUCUUGCCGGCGGACACUGUCGAACUUAUGCUAGGCCGGCAUCAGUUCUUUCAUCUCCGGCGUCUUCGGUGUAUUUGACUUAUCUCCAAACCCACUCCUUCACCCAAGGCCAUCGAUCGCACCCCUAGCGGAGCGUCCUCGUUCCGAACCGGGAUUUCGAGCACGCGUUACGAAAAGGCGAGCGUCCGGUAUCCUCUGACCGCCUUGCUGCCGGUCUAUGACGCGUGCGAAUCUAC